UACCAGUCUCUACUCAACGCGGCAAUGGAGACGUUUGGGACGCAAAGCUGAACGAUUGAGAUUGGAGGCUUGUGACACAUCAGUUUUGAAGCCACUCAUCCAUCGCUGCUGUCAGAAUGUUUCUGUAUUCACUGACCCUCCAGAGGGCCACGGGAGUCGUGCAAGCUAUCCAUGGCAACUUCGCCGGGACGAAGCAGCAGGAGAUCGUUGUGGCCCGAGGGAAGGCCCUUGAGCUUCUUAAGCUGGAUCCCAACACCGGCAAGCUCCAUGCCGUGCUUACGUACGAGAUCUUUGGGAUCAUCCGUUCGUUGAUGGCCUUCAAGCUUACUGGAGGGAGCAAAGAUUAUAUCGUGGUUGGUACCGAUUCGGGGCGUAUUUGCAUCCUGGAGUACAACCCGGCCAAGAACACUUUUGACAGGGUUCACCAAGAGACGUUUGGGAAGAGCGGUUGCCGCCGCAUCGUACCCGGUCAGCUCAUGGCCGUUGACCCCAAGGGUCGCGCCGUCAUGAUCGCAGCCAUUGAGAAGCAGAAGCUGGUCUACAUCCUCAACCGUGACUCUCAGGCCAGGCUGACCAUCUCGUCCCCGCUGGAGGCACACAAGUCCAGCACCUUCUGUUAUCACAUUGUGGGCGUGGACGUCGGCUUUGAGAAUCCCAUGUUUGCCUGUCUCGAGAUCGAUUAUGAGGAGGGCGAUUCGGAUCCAACCGGUGAAGCAGCGGCAGCUACCCAGCAGAUGCUGACAUACUACGAGCUAGACCUGGGGCUUAACCACGUUGUCAGGAAGUACAGUGAAGCACUCGAGGAACAUGGCAAUUUCCUCAUUGCUGUACCUGGAGGCAGUGAUGGUCCUAGUGGUGUGCUGAUAUGCUCUGAGAAUUAUAUUACCUACAAGAAUCUGGGUGACCAACCGGACAUCAGAAUGCCUAUCCCCAGACGAAGGAAUGAUCUUGACGAUCCAGAGAGGGGGAUGAUCUUCGUAUGCAGUGCAACUCAUAAAACAAAGUCGAUGUUCUUCUUCCUGGCUCAGACGGAGCAGGGAGACAUCUUCAAGAUAACCCUUGAGACAGACGAGGACAUGGUCACCGAAGUCCGUAUGAAGUACUUUGACACGGUCCCCAUCGCCACCAGCAUGAACGUCCUUAAAACUGGCUUCCUGUUUUUGGCUGCUGAAUUCGGGAACCACUACCUCUACCAGAUUGCCCAUCUCGGGGAUGACGACGAUGAACCGGAGUUCAGUAGUGCCAUGCCCCUGGAGGAAGGAGACACUUUCUUCUUUGCUCCUCGCUCCCUCAAGAACCUGGUGGAGAUUGAUCAGAUGGAAAGCUUAUCUCCAAUCAUGAGCUGCCAGAUUGCCGAUUUAGCCAAUGAAGAUACACCACAGCUGUACGUUGCUUCAGGGAGAGGGCCCCGAUCGUCCCUUCGAGUUCUCCGUCAUGGUCUAGAGGUGUCAGAAAUGGCUGUGUCAGAGCUGCCAGGUAAUCCCAACGCUGUCUGGACUGUCAAGAAACUCAGCGACGAUGAGUUUGAUGCGUACAUCAUCGUGUCCUUCGUCAACGCUACGCUGGUCUUGUCCAUCGGAGAGACGGUCGAGGAGGUGACAGACUCCGGGUUCUUGGGUACCACGCCCACUCUGUCCUCGUCGCUGAUUGGGGACGAUUCUCUCCUACAGAUUUAUCCAGAGGGUAUUCGUCACAUCAGAGCUGAUAAACGUGUCAACGAAUGGAAAACACCCGGCAAGAAAAGCAUCGUCAAAUGUGCCGUCAAUCAACGUCAGGUUGUGAUUGCUCUGACAGGAGGAGAGCUGGUGUACUUUGAGAUGGACCCAACAGGACAAUUGAAUGAGUACACCGAGCGGAAGGAGAUGUCAGCCGAUGUCAAAUGCAUGAGUUUAGCCACUGUGCCAUCAGGGGAACAGAGAGCACGAUUCUUGGCUGUUGGUCUCGCUGACGACACGGUCAGAAUCAUAUCACUUGACCAAUCGGAUUGCUUACAGCCAUUGAGUAUGCAAGCAUUACCAGCUCCCUCGGAAUCCCUCUGCAUCGUUGAGAUGGGAGGCACAGAGGCAACAGAGACGGGAGAAAGGGGAAUGGCUGGUGGGCUCUUCUUGAACAUUGGACUUCACAAUGGUGUUUUGUUGAGGAUGGUGCUCGACUCUGUAACUGGUGACCUAUCCGACACAAGAACAAGGUAUCUAGGAUCCAGACCCGUCAAGCUGUUCAGGAUCAAGAUGCAGGGCUCUGAAUCAGUUCUUGCCAUGUCUAGCCGAUCGUGGCUUAGUUAUUGGUACCAGUCGCGUUUCCACCUGACCCCGCUGUCCUACGAGACAUUGGAGUAUGCGUCUGGGUUUGCCUCGGAGCAGUGCCCCGAAGGAAUCGUGGCCAUCUCAACAAACACACUCAGAAUCUUGGCUCUGGAAAAGCUUGGGGCAGUCUUCAACCAGGUAUCAACGCCACUGACCUACACGCCUCGCAGAUUUGCCAUCCAUCCAGAGAGUAAUAAUAUAGUGGUGAUUGAGAGUGAACACAAUGCGUACACAGAAACAACCAAAGCAAUGCGCAAACAACAGAUGGCAGAGGAAAUGGUAGAAGCAGCUGGGGAUGAGGAGAGAGAACUAGCUGCCGAGAUGGCCGAAGCCUUCCUUCAAGAGGACCUUCCAGAGAGUCUGUUUGGCGCCCCCAAGGCAGGCCCGGGCAUGUGGGCGUCGCUGGUCAGAGUACUGAACCCUGUGAAUGGAACCACGCUGGAUUCUGUGGCUUUGGAACAGAACGAGGCUGCGUUCAGUCUUUGCCUGUGUAAGUUUGCAAGUAGAGGAGACGACACUUUUGUCUUAGUGGGUACGGCCAAAGACGUCACCCUGAGCCCAAGGACCUGCUCUGGGGGUUUCAUCCAUGCCUACCAGCUCACAGAGGAUGGCAAGAAACUGGAAUUACUUCACAAAACUCCAGUGGAUGAUGUCCCUUCAGCAAUCUGCACUUUUCAGGGCCGGGUCUUAAUCGGUGUUGGUAGAUUACUCAGAAUCUACGACUUGGGAAAGAAAAAGAUGCUCAGAAAAUGUGAAAACAAGCACAUCCCAAACUUCAUAGUGAAUAUCCAGACCACGGGUCAGCGGAUCAUAGUCAGCGAUGUUCAGGAGAGUCUUCACUUUGUACGGUAUAAACGUCACGAAAAUCAGAUGGUCAUCUUCGCUGAUGAUACGCAUCCUCGCUGGGUCACAGCCAUGGCUUGCAUGGACUACGACACGGUCGCUGUUGCCGAUAAGUUUGGAAAUCUUUCAAUUAUUCGGCUGAUACAAGGCACCAACGAUGACGUUGAUGAAGAUCCGACGGGGGUCAAAGCCCUCUGGGAUCGAGGUCUCCUCAGCGGGGCUUCACAGAAGUCUGAAAUCAUCAUCAAUUUCCACAUCGGAGACACCAUCUUAUCGCUCCAGAAGGCAACGUUGAUCCCCGGUGGCUCAGAGUCACUGGUGUACACCACGCUGUCUGGGGCAGUUGGAAUCCUCGUGCCAUUCACAUCCCAUGAGGACCAUGACUUCUUUCAACAUCUUGAGAUGCACAUGCGCUCAGAGUACCCGCCUCUAUGCGGACGGGACCACAUCUCGUUUAGAUCCUACUUCUUCCCAAUCAAGAAUGUUAUUGACGGUGAUCUGUGUGAGCAGUUCAAUUCAAUGGAUACAAGUAAGCAGCGAAGCGUGGCUGAUGAGCUAGACAGGAACCCAAGCGAGGUAUCGAAGAAACUUGAAGAUAUCAGGACCAGAUUUGCCUUCUAGACAUUUCCACUUUCCUCUGCUGACAAUCAAAUCAAGCACCGACCUGAGACUGGUCCCAAACCCCUUAUUACUGUAGAACCGCUGUUGCAUCUUCCAGAGAACCAUCAGCACUCUCCCUGGUUUGCAGAUACAAUGUUUUUAAACAACUGAGCACCAAUAGCACAUGGUCAAACUGGGCAGUUCUGCGUUAUAAAUGGUCUUUAGUUUUUAUAAAAUAGGGAGACCACCAACAAAGGGCUGGAUGGCUCAGUUGAUGGAGCACUGGUACGCAAAUCCGAAGGUCAAUGGUUCAAGUCCCGCUUCGGUCAAUUCUUCUUUGUUGAAACCCAAAUUAAAAUAUGGACGAGUGAACAAAUUGGUGGUCUAUUGAAAUUGUAAAGGUCAAACCCUGAUCUUGAGAAAGUAUGCUACAGAUCUCUUUAUUCAAGUGUAGAAUGAAAAACAUUAUUCUUCACAAAUGGAUCUAGUAAGUUCAGCAGCCCGAACUGCUGUUCCACCAAGGCUGGUUCAUACUCGCUGCGACUGCGUGCAUGCACCAGACAAUUCGAAAUUUGAUUUAGCGUUCAUACUUAAUCAAAAUAAAAAAUAAAUACGCAUUAAGUUUGCAUCCGCACGCGGAAACGAAUGAUGUUAUUCACGAACAUUAUUCACUCAAAUUGCGCUUACACAUCCGACAAAAUGUUAAAAUAUUUCAAUUCGUUCGACUACGCAUCGGAUUAGUGUGUACGACCUUAUUUUCAUUUUGAAAAGUUCAUAUGCAUUUGCGAAAUACGAUUACGCACUGCGCUUCCUUUUACGCACUGCAGACUUUCAAAAACGGGUCCGCGCGCUGCAUAUGCAGUGAGUACGCAGCGAGUAUGAACCGGCCUUCUAAAGUGUAGGGCCAGUCUGCCAUGCUUGUCCUAAAACCAUGCAGCAGUAAAUUCACCAAGUGGUUAUUUUGAACAGCAGUUUCUGCCUUAAUUUGUCCUCCUCUUGCGCGGCAAGGAUCAAACUAUGCACAAUGUCUGUGAUAAAAUUCCAAAUCUCCCACAACGAUUGCACCUUAUAAAAAAGUUCACUUAAAGAUGCAAAUCUUUGGUCACUUGUAUUGCUUUCCAUUAACAAAUAUAUCCCAUGUUAGAUAGUGGAUGUGAAGGUGAUUGUAAACCAAAUGGUUGUUCACGAGGAGAGAUUCAAUUCCUGAAUCAUGUAUAGCUUUUUUUAAAGUGGCCAGCAACUGGCCUCAUGCCUUGUAUUAAAAAUACUUCAUUGUACAUAGGUCCCCUUUUUUGUUUUUCCUUAACUCUUUUUUUGUUCAUCACUUGUAAAUAAUUGUUCAAUAGUUCCUUGGUUUGGAUUCCUUGUGGAAUGUGAUUGUAUUAUUGUGGGAUUUAGGCGGUUGUUUUGUGUUUCUGGAAAGUUUUCUUUGACUUUUUAUGCACUCUGAAGUAUUUUGCUGCUUCUAGGGGAAAAAAAUAGAGCAAAAUCAGAACUCAAAUUCCUUAAUUUGUUUCUCACAAAUCCUGGUGAUUCAAUAAGUACAUGUCUGGAAUUGGAUAUAAUUGGAACGUGAUAAUAACUAUGAACCUUAACUCUUUAUUUCACCUUAAAGCCAUCAUUAUACACUUUCGGUACAGACAAAAAAUGAAAAGUUCACAGAUUUACAAAUAAUUCACAGGGUUUACAGAA